AUGAUACUCUCUCUGUAUUCUCUGACGGUCCUCCUGGCCUGUCUUUCGACUUCCAGUGCCCUUCAAGAGCCUAUCGCAUCAGACACGCCGCUGUCGUCUCUAAUCUCCUCGGCCAAGGCUCAUCUCAGUAAUGGCUCUCCCCGGGAGGCACUGACUUAUUUCGAUGCUGCAGUGGCGCGCGAUCCAACGAACUACUUGGCGCUUUUCCAGCGCGGAGCCACCUAUCUCUCCCUGGGAAGAAAUUCACAAGCUGUGGAGGAUUUCGAUCGUGUACUGAAACUAAAGCCGGACUUUGAGGGCGCCCUUAUCCAGAGGGCUCGUGUCAAGACCAAGACAGCAGACUGGACUGGAGCCAAGCGUGAUCUGGAGACAGCUGGAAAGAAAAAGUCACCGGAAUAUGAGGAACUGGAGGAGGCACAGGCGGCAACACUGCUAGCAGAGGAGGCUGAGAGAAAGAGCAACUGGGACAGCUGUGUGGAGCAGGCCAAUGUUGCUAUCAUGAAGGCGAGCUUGGCUCCCAGUCUUCGUCAGACCCGAGCGCACUGCCGCUUUGAAAGAGGGGAGAUUCGAGAGGCUCUCAGUGAUCUUGGUCAUUAUCUGCAGCUCGCUCCCGGCUCGGUGGAACCGCAUCUCCAGAUCUCGAAGACGUUAUUCUACGCUCUCGGAGAAACAGACCCUGGCGUUUCCCAAGUGCGGAAAUGUUUGCAUUCUGAUCCAGAUUCGAAACCAUGUUCGCGACUAUUCCGCAGAGAGAAGCAGUUGGUGAAACGACUAGACAAGCUGCAGGAUGCGAUGGAGAAGCGGAAGUUCAACAAUGCUGCGAACCUGAUCGUCGGAACUAGUGGUGAAAGCGGUCUCCUUGAGGACGUAAAGGAGGAUGUCAAGGAAGCGAGGGAAGCUGGCCAUAUUCAUCCCAAGGCUCCCAGCAAUCUCUACAUGUCGCUCGUCCAAAGUGCCUGUGAAGCUUAUCGUGCGAUGCACCAGACCAAGAAAGCGAAGCCCUAUUGCUCUGAAUCUUUGGGUCUUGAUCCUCAAUCUCUCCACGGGCUGUUGUUCAAGGCUGAGACGGAGCUGGACGAGGAAAGCUUUGAAGACGCGAUUAGAACGCUAAACAAGGCCAAGGAACACCAUCCAGGUUCAAAUGAGGUACAAAGCUUGUUACAGAAGGCACAUACUCUGCUCAAGAGAUCGAAGUCAAAGGACUACUACAAGGUUCUCGGAGUCAGUCGAGAUGCCGAUGAGCGAACUAUCAAGCGUGCCUACCGCCAGCUGACGAAGGAGCAUCACCCUGAUAAGGCCAAGUCUAAAGGUGUUACCAAGGAGGAAGCGGAGAAGAAGAUGGCUGCUAUCAACGAAGCGUAUGAAGUGCUGUCUAACCCCGAACUGAAAGCCCGGUUCGACAACGGCGACGAUCCUAACGACCCCGAAUCGGGAAGGCAAAACCCCUUCCAACAGGGAAAUCCCUUUGCUGGAGGAGGACGCCAGCAGUUCUUCUUUCAGCAAGGGCAUGGUGGACCCCAAUUCAAGUUCUCAGGCCAGGGGUUCAACUUCCCCGGAGGUUUUCCCUUCGGCUAGUUAUUUACAUGCUGCUUUGGUCCUUUUUUCGUGCAUUUUCUCACCCAUGCUCCCACAAGCAUUCUUUUGCUGGUAAUCUUCUGUUUCGGUUCGAUGUAUCUUUUUGGGGUAUUGGUAUUUUCCAGGUGAAAUCGGAUCAGGAGUGCUGAGGCGUAGUGUACUUCCUAACUUCUUCCUCGAGAAGAAGCUCACUUGAAGGAUAUUAUCAAUUUAGAACGUUUCUUUAUAGGUAUUCUAAUGGAGAAUGCUAUCAAACCUGCAAUUUUACCUAAGUAAGUUCUACUCGAAUAUAGUA